UUCAUUGGGCAUGUUGAUCUAAUUUCUUAUUGGACAAGAAAUAUGAUGGAGCAAAUGUGGGUGUGUUGGCAUAGAUUAGAAAAGUGCAUACACAAAGAUUAGUGGUCCAGUGCAACAAGCAGCACACCUGCUGUGUGUAUAAAAUACUCACAAAGACCUUCCUGUAAUUGUAUAAAAUGUCUUUAUGAAAAGUUAUGUUAAUUGUAUCUUCUCUGUGGUUUAGUACCUGCUGCAUCUAAUAUCGGGUCGUGAUGGAAACAUUCAACAGGACCGAUGCAGUAUCUGUCUUACAUCCCUGCUCUGUGAUCAAUCCUUUCAGUUACAAACUAACUACAACCCUUACUGCUGUAUGUGUAAUGUUGUAUGGUUUACUUACACUUUUGUCUCUUGUCACAGUGUGCGGGAAUCUCCUUGUAAUAAUCUCUGUGUUUUACUUCAAACAGCUCCACACCCCUACUAACUCCCUCAUUCUGUCUCUGGCUGUGGCUGACCUGCUUGUAGGGAUUCUAGUGUUUCCUUUCAGCAUGGCGUUCUCUCUCAGCUCAUGUAUGUAUCAUGAUAGUUUAUUUUGUAAGGUCCGAAACAGCUUUGUUAUACUUCUUAGCUCAUGCUCUAUUUUGCAUCUGUGUUGUAUUUCUAUUGAUAGAUAUUAUGCCGUGUGUCAGCCACUAACAUACAAAUCCAAAAUCAGCCACCGCGUUGUUGUCAUCAUGAUUACUGUAAGCUGGGGGGUUUCUGAACUUAUUGGAAUUGUCAUGGUUAUACCAAGAUCAAAUGAAAACUGUGGUGACACAUGUGAUAUUGUUGCAAAUGCAGUUGGGCCUUUAUUUUCUUAUUAUCUGCCCCUUGUUAUAAUACCGUGCAUGUAUCUGAAGAUUUUCCUUGUUGCACGGAAACAGGCAUGCAGCAUCCAAACUAGGAUGAAGGGUGGAGCAACUGUCAGUAAGAUGGAAAGAAAAUCUACCAAAACUCUGGCUAUUGUUCUGGGUGGGUUUCUUUUAUGUUGGACUCCUUUUUUUCUUUGUUUUUCUUUUAUUCCUUUAACCCAUAAUCCAGCACCUCUUCCUGUACUUGAAACCCUUAACUGGCUCGCACUGUCGAACUCAAUGCUGAAUCCAUUUAUCUAUGCUUUCUUUUACAGUUGGUUCAGGUCAGCCUUUAAAAUCAUCAUAUCUGGAAAGAUAUUUCAAUGUGAUUUUGCAAACACAAAUCUGCAUUCCUUUGAGAUUUCUAAAAGUAAUUUAAAGUAAAGUAAAUAAACGUGUUGAUAAACCCGGCAUUGCUUUUCUAAAAUUAGACACAAAUAAAUGGAUUAGAGUAAAAAUUAGGUUAGGUAUAUUUACUUAAGUGUAACAUACCGAAAGCCAAGAAUUUACAAGUUGAUACUGAAUUUUUAACAAUCAGUAUCAACUGAUACUGACAGAGUUUAAGAUUAAACAUUUGCUGCAUUUAUUUAACAGAUAUUUUCUAAGUUAGUUAAAGUGGGUCUGAGUCUCUAUAAAAG